AUUUUGUCAUAUUGCCAUCUCAAAAUCUAAAUCAGUUUACAAUGCUUCAAAAUAUUCAGAGCCAAAUAACCUUUAAAAUAUAGCAUCAAGUAAUCAGAAUCAUUUCAGCUUGCAAAAAAAUCUAAAAGUCAAAGCCAUUGAUCAGGCGCGUAGUUAUUUAACACGACUAGAUUAUCCUUUUAAAUAGCUGAAUCAAAUCAUGAAUAGUUAACCAAAAUAAUCUAUUGCCCAUGAAUUGCUUAGAAGUCAUUAACACCUUGCUUAAAAAAUUUUGUUUAUGAUUAAGAUGGUUAAUAAAUAUUCCUAGUUCUGCUGUCUUUAAUUACACCAGUCAACGAAAUAGAGCAUGUGUAGUUAUAAAUUUCUGUAACAUGAUCUUAUAUUUCUGCCUUUUCAUAAUCAUUGCGACAAUGACAUUGAUUGACACCUGGUACAAGGUAAUUGAUCAGACUGUAGACUAAAGGUCUCUUGGGUAAGGCCCUGAAGACCUCUGGGUACUAUUGUCCAUGAAGUUCAUAGAAAAUUAUUAGAAAUAUUAGCUUUGAAGUAAUCGCUUAGAAAUUGACUCGAAUCCUUUUUUACAAGUACAGUAUUGAUAUUUCUAGUUAGGCUGUCUACGAAAAACCACAUGCGAGAAAACAUCAAUUGACGUCACAUGAUUGGCUGGUUCUGCCCUCUUUUAAUCAUUUGGCAACAUGGUGUUAUUUAUUGACAGCUCGUACAUGCCAAUUGAUUAAACUGUAGACCAGAACUCUAUAGCAGAAGCCCGCGAAGGUUACUUGGGUAAUGUCCUGAAGACCCCUGGGUACUAGUGCGUAACUUGUCUAUUUUGUAGGGGAGGAAUCAGGACAGGGAAAAAACAAAGGUAUUUUAUAACUGGUUUACCACGGGUAAAUAAAAGUUGAAGCCAUUGAUCAGAUGCAUAGUUCUUUAAAGUGCAACUGAACCCAAAAUAUUCGCAUUGGUUAUCAAAAGAUAUUGAAUUUAUAAUAAACAUAGUGUUAUUUUUUUUCAAAUUGGGUAAAAGCUCGAUUUAUGGUGAAUUUUUGAAAGUAUUAAAUUUUUACGAAAUUUGCGUUGACAUCCGAAAACCRCGGUUCUAGUCAAGGGCCUGGAUCGAGACUAUUGUGACGUAUACAAAGGUAGGAUAGCGAUGCCGAUGUGAAGAACACAAGCCAAAUAAUGUGAAAAGAGAGUUUUUUGAAGAGUAUGUAUAGCAAAAUUUAAGCGAAAUAUGCCGAAUCGGUGUGUCGUUUGGGGUUGUAGUAGUACCCCAAACCCCAAAGAAGGAAUAUUUUUAUUUGCGAUCCCCUUUUUUAACGAUAAUCGGCCAGAAGCAAAGAGGCGGCGGAGAACCUGGGUGAAGUUUGUCAACCAGAAGCGGAAAAAUUUCUUUGAAUCGAAGGGUUCUUCCAUCUGCUCAAAGCACUUUCGACCAGAGGAUUUAUCCAUAAGAUAUGCACUAUUGCCUGGGCAUGAAAAGCCACAAAUUCCUCGUCUGAAAAGGGAUGAAUUUGGUGUCUGUGUGUAUCCUACACUACAAGCUGGUGCUUCAUUCGAGAGCGAAGGAAUCAGCCAACGAAAAAGACGCAAGACAAUAAAGACUGCAUUAGAUGAGUAUGACCAACAAAAAGAACUAGAGGUGCAAGCUCCAUCUACGAGUAAGGAUAGAACCAACACCAGCAAUGAAGCUGCCUCUGUCCACCUAGAACAACGAGAAGACACACUUGCGGUACCUCCGACGGUACCGGUAAACAACGACACAACUGCCUCUUCGCCCGCGUUGUCAGAACAGGAAGAUAACCUGGAUGUUAGUACCRAUCCGAUGCCUGUAAAGCUAAGUUUACCAGAGAAAACCAAAACGUCAUGUAAGUCCUGCUCAAGACUGAAAAAGGAAAAAACAUGCUGGAGGMAGAGGUKGCGAAUAAAGAAGAAUCAAGUUGWUGAAAAGGAGGAGCAACUAGAAUGUGCAAAUCAGAGAAUAUUACAGUUAGAAGCUGAAAUCACAGCCCUCAAGAAAAGCAAAGACCUCACAGAUCAAGAUGAUCAGUAUGGAACUGUGAAAACAGAGAAAAGUGACUGGGAUGAUUGUUGCAGUGAAGAAGAUAAUAUGGAAGAUGAGUUUCCUUGUCCAAGUGACGACGAUGAUGAUGAUAACUCUUAUAUGACGGAAACAGAAUCCGAAGAAGAACCAUUAACAGAAGAAGAAAUAGCUGAUAAAUCUGAAAAAUUGAGUAUGCAUGGGAAAAACKUACGGACAGAGCCAAAGYACAYUGUCUUCCUGUCACAACUUCUACUUCUGUUCAGCUUCUGCCAUUCUUGUAAAGCUGAUGGUCCCAUGGUGGAGGCUAACCAAAAUGGAACAGAAGUAGUGAUUUCUACCACAUGUAGGAAWCCAAAAUGUCCUAAGAAAGAGUUUACCUGGCACAGUCAGCCCUCAAUGUUAUUUACAUCUGGCCAAAGAGGACCUGCAGGAAAUCUUCUUUUGUCUAUGGCUAUACUCUUUGCUGGGGGUUCAGCUUCAAAAGUGUUCCAGAUCUUUGCACACAUGGGUCUAGGUUGCCAUUCCCUGAGAUCAUUCUUCAAGCACCAAAGA